UCCGAGUUCCACUUUACCUUGCGAUCAGUUGAAUCUUCAUGUUUAAACUUGUAGUUUGUGCAAAUUUAUCUAUUUACUUCACCUUUGAAAUCAUGUAGGAUUACAACACAAAAAUUAUCUCAUUCUUAUUGUAAUGUUAGUUGAUAAUUAAGAUAAAAGUUUGGUUGAGUUUAAAUAAUCUUCUCGGCGAUGGUACCAAAAAUUUUGAAAUGGCACAUAGAUAGAUUUUGACUGUCAGCAUAUCUUAGUAGUCGGACCAAAUCAUAUUUCUAACAAUGUACAAAACAUUAUAAAGAAUAAUGAAAUGAAAUCCGAAAACAGCGUUUAUAGCUUCAAUUCUAAUUUCAUACAUGAUUUAAUAGCAAAGAAUUUUAAAUUGCGAUUCACACUACUGAGCUGUAAUGCCAUAAUUGGAGUUGGCUGUGUAAAUAUGAUUCUGAAAAUCAUUAUUUUAUGCUUUUUGUACAUAAAAAUUAUCAAUGCUUUUGAAUACAGAAACUUGAAAGAUAAUCAACUGUUGAGCUUUGUGAAAGAAUUGAAUCAUGAUCAAAAUCUUGAAACAUUGGAUACACCUGAAAAUAUGGACACAAACUAUAGAGAGAUUAUGAGUUCACUCAUGGCUGAAAUAUGCAAAAAGUGUAAAGAAUGUGAUUGCAACAAAGAUAUUGGAUUAAGGCAUGGAAAACUAGGUUUGAGCAUCGCUACAGGUGUUGAAAAAAUUAUUGACGAAAUUGAAGAACUUCUUGAGAAAGGCAAAAACAAUAGUUUGGACAAUAAUAUGCUUAGCGCUGAUAAUGUUUAUACUGAUCGAUAUACCUUAACAAAAUUUAAUGAUACCAGAAAUAAUCUCAGACAAGGUAGCAUUGAAGGUAGGUACAUAAAAAAGUGGCCAUUUUUAAAUGCUGUCAUUUCAAAAUUAGGGGAUAUAAAUAUUGUAGUAUCUAAUAAUAACAACAAUAAUAAUAAUAAUAAUCGCCUAGCAACCAAGAGGAAACCAAACGAGCCGUUCAUUACUAUAGAGGAGUUUGUUACUUUGCGUAAACCGGCCCUGAAAUAUCUUAGAAAAAAGAUUAUUAAUUAUAUUAAAGGCAAUAACAUCAAUAUGCAGGAUAUUCAUAUGACUAAGAAGAUGAAAACCCAAAUCAAAGCUCUUAAAUUAAAAUAUGGACCAAAAUAUAAUAAAGAGAAUGUUAUUACAAAAGAUGUCAUUAGUAUAAUAGAUGGCCAAACGCGUACCGCGAAAAUGUAUCCUGUCACGAAAAACACAAAUGUCUUAAAUGAUAUAUACAUACCGUACUGGAUGUUUUACAGUAUAUUACAUUAUAAAGAAGAGUAUUUAAGAUCACGCCUUAUUCCCUUGACUUCACAGCAAAAGGUACGAAUGGAAAAUAAAAUACGCUCGCAAAAGCAUUACUUAAAACCGAAAAAGAAAUUAAAUUUACAAUUAAUACCAAAAGUAUCUUUGCGAAGGAAUACUGACCCUAAUUUUAAUAAAUAUGGUGUACCAUUCGCACUAGAUAUACAAGGGCUUGGCCAAUUAAAUUAUUAAUACAAA